AUGGAACGUGUGAUUGCGCUCAUUGACAUGGACUGUUUCUUCGUUCAAGUAGAACAACGAGAGAAACCAGAGUUGUGGGGAAAGCCGGUGGUGCUUGCAGUCUUUGUAGUAAGUUAUGAAGCACGAAGUGCUGGUGUGAAACGAAAGAUGACGAUAUCGCAAGCAAAAGCGAUAUGCUAUGAUUUGAAUGUAGACGCCAGUGCUGAGAUAUUUGACGUAUUUAACAAUUUCGACGAACGAAUUAUUGUCGAACGUGCCUCAGUUGACGAAGCAUUUUUGGAUAUGACCGAAUUGGUGGAUCAGACAAUCCUGGAAUUUGGUGCAGCUCAGCUUUUGCAAAACCUUACCAGCAACUUGUCGACUACUUUACCCACCACCCAUGUGGCAGAUGGAAAUGACCGGGGCAAUGAAGACGUCUAUAAUCGUGAAGCGAGCUUGCGGAAUUGGCUUGACAAUCGGUGCGCAACGGAAAUUAGUCAUCUCCCUGUUCAGAUGUUGGCCAAACUGAUUUGUGCUCGACAUAAGCCUCGACAUCAAACUAUCAUUCCGUUUGAUUACGUGCCAGUCAUCUUCGGCAGGACACGAGUUGGUGAUAUACGC